CUUGAUGAUUAUACAACUUUUAAUACAAAUAAGUAUAUUACCAAUAUAUCUGAGAUUGGCAAACAUGAUAAUUAUACUGCUUUUAAUUAUGAUAUAUUAGUAUUAGUAUGUGAUAAAUUUGAAGAUUUUUUAAAUAAAAAG